CUGCACUACGGGACCCUCCUGGGCAGCAGAGCUUGUGCCCACAUGGCAGCAGCUGCCUGGGCUGCUGGGUUUCUCAAUGCUCUGCUGCACACAGCCAAUGCAUUUUCCCUGCCCCUGUGCCAGGGCAAUGCCCUGGGCCAGUUCUUCUGUGAAAUCCCACACAUCCUCAAGCUCUCCUGCUCACACUCAGGCUACCUCAGGGAAAUUGGGCUCACUGUGGUUAGUUCCUCUUUAAUAUUUGGUGGUUUUGUUUUCAUUGUUUUCUCCUAUGUGCAGAUCUUCAGGGCUGUGCUGAGGAUCCCCUCUCAGCAGGGACGGCACAAAGCCUUUUCCACGUGCCUCCCUCACCUGACCGUGGUCUCCCUGUUUGUCAGCACUGCCAUAUUUGCCUACCUGAAGCCUCCCUCCAUCUCCUCUCCAUCCCUGGAUCUGGCCCUGUCAGUUCUGUACUCAGUGGUGUCUCCAGCACUGAAUCCCUUUAUCUACAGCCUGAGGAACCAGGAGCUCAGGGACGCUCUGAGGAAAAUGAUGACUAGAUGCUUUUCAGCAGCAAUAACCUGCCUCUUUUCCUCUGUACAGCAUUCAUAA